UCUUAAACACGUUUGUCUGUUUCGCGCACGGCCUGCAUUUCAGUUGGAUUAGCUCUGCGACGACUGAGAGACUGGUGAUUAGCUAUGUCUAAGAAAAGAGGCCUUUCCUUGGAUGAGAAACGAGAGAAAAUGCUGCAAAUCUUUUAUGAAUCACAAAACUUCUUCCUUUUAAAGGAGCUUGAGAAGUUGGGACCUAAGAAAGGUGUGAUUAGCCAGUCUGUAAAAGAUGUUGUCCAAAGUUUGGUGGAUGAUGACCUUGUUUCAAAAGACAAGAUAGGGACUUCUGUAUAUUUUUGGAGCCUUCCUAGCUGUGCUGGGAACCAGCUAAGAACUGUGUAUAAGAAGCUUGAGGCUGAUCUCCAAACCAGUAAAAAGCGGCAUGUGGAACUUGUUGAACAAUGUAAGAAUCUGAAGAAAGGACGUGAGGAAUCAGAUGAACGAGAAGAGGCGUUGGAGGAGUUAAAAGCUACUGAACAGAAACACAAGGAGUUAAAGGAAGAAUUGGCACAGUAUGCAGACAAUGACCCAGCUACUGUUGAAACAAUGAGGAAUGCUGUUCAAGUUGCUCAUGCAGCAGCCAACAGAUGGACAGAUAACAUCUUCACACUGAGACAAUGGUGUUCUAAUAACUUUCCUCAGGCCAAAGAGCAACUCCAUCACCUAUACAGUGAGGUGGGAAUUACAGAUGACUUCGACUAUUUGGAGUUGCCGGCGGCAGUACCUCUUCCUCCUGUUGACUCCGUUUAGGUGGUUCUCAAGAACUUGCUUUAUGUUCAAGUUGGGCAUGAGUUUCUAUUGCUCCGUAUCUGAUAUUGCUACUGAAUGUAUGUAUAUCCAUAUCCAUGUAUAAACCUCUGAUUUAGUCAUUUAAAUCGAUGCCAGUAGAUUAUAGUUAUGCUUUACAGUCAGCCAGACAAGUAUAUUUGUGCUUUUUCAAGUAUAGGAUCAAGUGGACAAAUCACAUUAUUAUUUUUAAAAUACAAUUACAAUUAGAUGGUUGGUAAAAUUGCCUUUAA